AUCGGAGAGCAGAGGUCUGCUCGGUGCGUAUUUUGAACGACUGACCCAACGGCUAGCACUGGAAGCGAGCAAAGUUGACGCUUCACAGUUUGUCUCCGUGAUCAGUUUUGAAUCUAUUUUGAUCGAUCGGUUGCGGCCGUAACAUUUGUUGACGAUGAGAAGGAGUGUGGCGCUCGCAGCAGAGUCUGUGUCCUGCCUGAAUAAAGCCCUCCGCCAUUUGAAGGACAUUUGGGAGGAGAUUGGCAUUCCGGAGGACCAAAGACUACAGAGAACUAAUGUUGUCAAGAAUCACAUUCAGAGCUUACUCGAUAUGAUGAUCAGAGAGGAGGAAUCGCUGAAGAACAGGCUCGUCGGCAACAUUCAGGACUGCAAGACUAAAAUGGAGAAGCUUUGUCUUGAACUUCAGAUUCCUAUGUUUGAGGAAGAGGCUGGCCUCAGCAUACUCCAACAGGAGAAGAACAUCCGCACACGGGUGGAGGCUCUGAUGAAGGAGAAGAAUCGGCGGAUGCAGGAGCUGAAGGUUCUGCUGGCGCAGGACCAGGACCUGUGUGACAUCCUGCGCUCCAUUCCUUAUGGCAUCCCCCCAGAUUCUGUCCCCUCGCUGGAACAAUUGGAGAACUUUAGCCAGCAUGUGGCCAGCCAGAAUGAAGAGAAGGCAAAGCGGUAUGCUGAGUUCAUGGACGUCAAGAAGCAGAUCAUCUUGUACAUGAAUGACCUGGACCACAUCCCAGAGACCAGUUUUGAGAAGGAUGUUGUCGGCGAAGAUGAAGACUCUUUCUGCCUUUCUAGAGAAAAUAUUAGCACACUCAAGCUGCUGCUCUGUCAGUUGGAGCAACGCAAGGCGGAGAACGAGGCAGCAUGCGAGGCUCAUCGAGAGAAGAUCCAGCAGCUGUGGGACAGAUUGCAGGUGCCCCAAGAGGAGAGAGGGGCCUUCAAUGACCACAUGGUCAUGUCGAAGAAAAUCAACCUGGAAGCGCUCCAGACAGAGGUGCAUCGCUUGGAGGACCUAAAACUGCAGAACAUUCGAAACGUGACUGAUGCCGUCCGCUCUGAGAUCGCUGUGUUUUGGGAGAAGUGCUUCUUCAGCCUUGAGCAGCGGCAGGCAUUUUUUGCCUAUUUUAGUGAGGAUUUUACCGAGGAGCUGUUGAGUGCGCAUGAUGCCGAGAUCCAGCGCUUGAAGCAGCAUUAUGAGGAUCACAAAGAGCUUUUUGACGCGGUUCAGCAAUGGGAGGAAAGCUGGAGACUCUUCCUGGAGUUGGAUAAAAAAGCCUCGGAUCCAUCAAGAUUCACAAAUAGAGGAGGUAAUCUUCUCAAAGAAGAGAAACAGAGGGCUGAGCUACACAAAAGUCUGCCAAAGCUUGAAAAGACGCUAAAAGCCCAGAUUGAUGCCUGGGAAAGUGAGCGGAGUUGUGAGUUUUUGGUCAAUGGCCAGAAAUUUCUCGAGUAUGUGGAGGAACAGUGGAAGCUGCAUCAAGCAGAGAAGGAAAGAGAAAAACUAGAAAGGCACCUGAAAAAGAGCAAGCAGACGGAGGAGGAUAUGCUGUACGGAACAGCAGUACGAACCCCCAAACGCAGAUUUCCGACUAACCAAACCCCAAGUAAAUCGCGAAAGUUCAAUGCAACCUCCAGUAUUUCCUUGGCCACAUCCAACAGCACAAUACGCUCUGCCUUCAGUGGAACCGUCUGUCGGUCACCUCUGCCCCGCUCACCUCUUUCUGUGAGGAAGGGACUGACACCAAGGAUGAUGGGUGGCGGCAAGCCUCCCCACCCAAAAGUGAUGGGCUGUAACAAAGAGAAUGAGGUCCAGUUGAAGGCAACUCCUCUGAGUGGUGCGUUGAAGAACCCCACUAGUCCACAGUGUAACGCCAGCUUUAACUCCGUUGCCAGCACAUAUUCAGAGUUUGUGAGAGACCUGUCCAAGACUUCUAACACUAACAUCCAGCAACACAUCCUGAACUCCACAACCACCAAACUCUGACCUCUGCUGCCGACUGCCUCUGAUUUGCCAGCAUCCUUUCGAUGAGGAUCCUCACUCCAAUAAUCCCAUCGUGCUAUAUGCUAUGAAAUGUAAAUGAAGGCAACACUACAGUAUAUUUAGUCCUUGAUGAAUGAUCUUUAUCUUUCUGUCACUGUCAACAAGGAGAAACAUGAGUUAAAACAUUUAAAUAUUGACAGACGUUAAGUUUUUUUUUUUUUUAAUGUAUGCAUUUUUGAAAUAUAUAAUCUAAAUUGAAGUUACCUUUCCAAAAUUAUGCAAUAUUUGCACUUUUUGUAAAGUACACUGUAGUUUUCCCAUGCUUGCUUUGUUCCAUUUGGGCUUUCCACGGCUGUUUGCAAUCUGUAUGUAUGUAUUUCUAUUUUCUUUAUUGACAACUCUUUUUUUUUCUUUUCUUUUUUUUUUUCACCAGAACAAAGCGAUGAAAAAUACAGAAUUUCUUGCAUGGGUCAUAUUUAAUCAAUUCCUGUACUAAUGUUUUUGAGAAAAUAUAACAGUUCGUUAUGUAAAGCUGGCUCAGGACUUCUUUAAGACAGAAAGUCAUCAUCUCUUACAUUGUUACGCUAUAUGAUUCUAAUUGUUUCUGGUAGUAGUGUUCAUCAGUGAUCCUUGUGUUUUAGUUUGACAUUUAUAGAGACGUUCAUGGCAGGAACAGUGCUCACUGUGAGGAGCCUAAUUUGUAUGUUGAUAUCAUCAUAGCUGAGAAGAAAUGUGAGCUCAUGCUUUCAUAUCCUUAAUCAUAAUAUUUAAGAAUCCUGCCAUGUUACCCUGUGUAGUUGAAUUACAUCACUCUUGUUUAAGCAUAACUUGAGCUAGAGCUCCGGCCACAAACUACACAUGGAUGAUUUUCCCAAUUGAAGAAAUGAUGUCCCUUUCAGAAAUAGACACAUAAGAGUAGAUCAACUAAAUAAAAAUAGAUAUAAAGGAAAUGUAAAAGGAAAAAAGCAAAAUAAAGAAAAUACAUUAUUCAAAAUAAAUGCAUAAAGAUUAAUUAAAACGAAUAAAAAGGCAAAUAAUGAAAAAAAACUGACAUAUCUUGUGCUGUGGUUAAAUGAUUUGAUUAUUUUUAAAUGUAUAUAUAUACUGUAUGUAUAAAGCUUUGUGUUAUUGUUAGUGAUUAGUAUCAGUAGUUUAGCUCGUUACAUUUUGCUCUAUUUUUUCCCUUUUUGCAGUGUUUUUUUUUUUUGGUUUAAUUUUAUUUAACAAUAUGCCACGGGCCAAUAAAAAACAAGUUGCGGGGCACAAAUGCCCCCCGGGUGCACUUUGAACACCGCUAGAU